AUGGCGAGCACUGGUCAACCCGCUGCGACGUUCAAGCUCGAUGACGCCGUCGCCACACCCUCCUCGGAGUGGGCCGAGGCUACCCGCGCCGCGCUCGAGGACAAGACGGCCCCUGUAGGCACCUCGCACACUACGGCUGCCCCCGGUGGUACUGCUCCUGUGAUUCCAAACUCUAGUACGCUUCCGGCUGGCUCGAACCUUGCGAACACCACACCCGGCGCUGCGCCGACGGGCACAGGGAUACUUGCCUCUGUCCAGCCACCAACCCCUGGCCCUCAUAUCCCUGGAGCUUACCCUUCCCCUCACGAAACUGUCCCUGAAUCCGCCAUUGACACGAGCGCUAUCCGUCAGGACGUCAAUCAACUGGUACAAGAGGCUCGUGAACGUCUGCCAGCACAAGAAGACCUUGAGAAAGCCGCACAGGAUAUGGCGCAGACGGCUACGACUCUCGCCCACACGGCCACCUCCUAUCUCCCCCAGUCCAUUGCGGACAAAGUUGCUGAAUACCUUCCUACCGCUCGCGCCUCUGAGAACGAUGCCAUCCACGACAAGUCUAUGCCCACUCAAGAGACUCACGGCGCACAGCCCGGCGAGAAGAUCGGUGGUGCAGGUGCUCUGCCCGGUGGCGUCGAUGAGGCCGCUGUGGCGAAGCUUCCGGGUGACGAUGCUGCCACCGGGCUCCCUGAGGGCGCUAUCCCGACUCUGGGAGUAGCUGCGGUAGCUGGUGUCGCCGGUUACAAGGCUUCUGAGCACGAUGCGUCCCACGACAAGUCUUUGCCGACUCAGGAGACGCGCGGGACUCAGCCCAAUGACCAGGUCGGAGGUGUAGGCGCUCUUCCGGGUGGCGCCAGCGAGUCUGGUGUUGCUGCAGUUCCCGAGAAUGCUGCUGCUGGAGCAUAUAGGUCUCUGCCGACUCAGGAGACGCAGGGCGCUCAGCCGGGCGAGAAGGUCGGCGGCGUUGGCGCGUUGCCCGGUGGCGCGAACGAGACGGGUGUUGCGAAGCUCCCGGGUGAUGACGCUGCGACUGGGCUGCCUGAAGGCAGCAAGGGGGCGGCAGUUGGUGCCGUUGUCGCUACUUCAGCGGCGUUGACAGCUACUUCAACCGCAGCGCCCAACACUGCGUCUUCCACUUUCCAAGUACCCGCACGACCUGAAGACAUGGUGUCGAAGAGCCACGACUGGCCUGAUGCUCGUUCUCACGGAAGCCCUCCCAAGGACGCAGCUGCCACCACCGACUCUAUGACUACGGCCGACAAACGCGAUGGUAGCAAGAAGGAGAUCCUCAUCCCGGUCGCCAAAGGCGAGGGCGGCCAGGUUCCCACCGCUAACGCUGCGUUCAAUGCGCCGGCCAAACCCGAGGCUGCCGGAAAGGACACGAACGCGGAUGAUCAGGCACAAGGCGCGUCGCUUGACGCUUCGCACGGAAAGACCAAGCCGACAGACGCACAUUCCCACUCCGGCGCGUCUGCGCACACCGAGGGAUCCAAGGAUGAGGCGAAGCACAAGGCGUCUUUCAUGGAGAAGGUGAAAGGCGAGAUGAAAAUCAUCUCCGGCAAGCUCGGCGGCGACAAGCACAAGGUCGAGGAGGGAAAGAAGUUGAAGAGCGGAGAGGUCUAA